GCACACUUCUGUGGACGGCGGCAGGACUCCGGAGCGCGUAAACCCACCCCAUAGCGUUGAAAAAGGGACAGCACAUUCAUUAGAGGAAGUAGGAGCAGCCAGACUCAGAUGCAUCACAUGUGCAGCUUAGCCGCUGCUGCAUUAUUCAUACCCAGAGAUGCUGCUUCAGUGAGCAGACGGGUAACAGGACAGGAGACGAGUCUGUGGGGGGUCAACUGGAAAGAGCUUCGAUGUGACAGGAACAGGAAGUGGUGAACAGAGCGAGCUGUGCCUGGUAAAAGAUGAGGCGCUUCUGUUCCUCUAUCAUGACACUGCCUGCAAACCACCUCAGCCUCUCAAAAUAUAGAUUCACCAGGCGUUGUCAUGUAUUUAACUUAAAUUUGGAGGGAGUCUCUUCAGCCCCGUCCUGCCUGGCACCUGUUUGACUGUGUGGAGGUCGAAAUGACACAAAACGGUCCUGGGACUGGUAAAGGUAUCGCAAAACAGGGAGAGGAGCUCAAAAUUGUGAUUGUCGGAGAUGGAGGCUGCGGGAAAACAUCUCUUCUGCUGGUUUAUGCGAAAGGAGAUUUUCCAGAGAAAUAUGCGCCAUCAGUGUUUGAAAAAUAUGUCACCACUAUCUCUCUCGGAGGAAAAGAGAUAAAACUCAAGCUAUAUGACACAGCAGGACAGGAGGACUAUGACAGACUACGGCCACUCUCUUACCAAGAGGCCAAUCUGAUUCUGGUUUGCUUCGACGUGACGAACCCAACCAGCUUUGAGAACGUCCUGAUAAAGUGGUACCCAGAGGUGAAGCAUUUCUGUCCGGACAAACCGGUCAUCCUGAUUGGCUGCAAGACUGACCUCAGGCAGGAUAAGGAGUGUGCAAGAAAACUGAGGGCCUUGGAUCUGGCUCCCAUCACGUACACACAGGGUGAGGAGACUGGGCAGCAGAUGAACGCAGAGCUGUACCUCGAGUGUUCGGCCAAGUACCAGGAGCACGUAGAGGACAUUUUCAGAGAGGCCGCCAAGACGGCUUUGGCCUUUGGUCGAAAACAAAGGCACUGUAGGAGGAAGAAGAAAUGUGUGGUUUUUUGAAGUCAAAGUCAAGGAUGGAGGCUUGAGGACCCCACUAUGCAGACAUAGUGUUCCAGAAGGCUCAAGAGUUCAAGUGAUGGAAAUGACUACCGCCGAAAAUAGCCCACAACUCACCCACUGUGAGGUCCAGCUGAUUCCUCUCUCCCAGUGCUCGCAGCCGGUACAAGCAGCCGCUCUGGUAGUAAUACUGCAGGAACUGAACGAAGCCUGGAGGACAAAUGGAUUCACAGAUUUACAGCACAGUCGACAUGAGAAGAUCUCAGAUCAUCUAUUUUAUGUGUGUCUUCAUCAUUAUCAUCAAAACAAAGUUACCGUCCCCCAGAAACAGUCAAAAACAAAAAGUAAACAGUAGACUGUGAUGUGAAGCUUUACACACAGAAAAGGUUUCAUUAUGUCCUAAAAAAACAAAACAACAAAGAGCCUCACGUUCUCAGUUUAGGCUGAAUUUGUGAUCUGGUGACGUCUCAACACCCAAAACCAUGACCAGAAAGCCUCAUCACAUCAGCUGUCACAUUAUGAGUCCACAUGUGAUGUACUGAAGCGUAACCACCAGUGCGAUGUGACUUCACUUCUCUAUUCUAUAAAUACCUGGCUGAUCACCUGAUAAUGAAAACAAAGUUGCAGUCCCACAUUCAGGUUUUCAUUUAGCUGAAUAGCAAAUAAAGUUUGUAUCAGAUGACAAGGACGCAACUGUAACAACAGUUCUCCUUCUACAGCCGGCGUCUGAACCUUAUGAUGAAACCCUUGUUACCUAAAAUCCACAUUACCCUUUGUCACACAAGCCUCAGUAAGCCCACAUAAAUACAAAGUAGUGUACCAUCUGCUAAUUUUGUCCCAUAUCUCGCAAACGGAUUCAAAGUUCUUACUCUGAUAGAUGGAGAAAGCAAGAAACUGGCUUCUGAACAUCUGAUACAUGGGCCCCUCUGGCCUGUUGAAUAGUCACAAGGAAAAAUUAUAUGAACACGUUCAUGGUAGCCACUAAUAUCUACAUGUGCAGUUCAAACAAUGCAAUGGCAAAAACUCACCAGGUAAGCAUUACACCCGACAGAAAGGUGGACACAUAAUGGUGAGACACCCACCAGCCCUUGAUCCUGGACACCGCGCAGAGUUUGUGAGGAGACGGAGAAAAGAAAGAAGAAAAAACGCUAGAACUGUAAACCUCGGGAAUUCUGCAAACACUGCAGCAAUCUCACUUUCAGUAUAAAUAAACAAGAACAAGAACUCGGUU